GAGGCCGACUCCCCGGCGAGCCACCGCGUGGCCCCCCUGUCGCCGCUGGGGCUGCCCGGCUCGCCGGCCGCGGCGCUGCAGGUCUGCCCCCGUUGUGGCAUGCAGCUUACCGCCUUGCCGACUUCCGCGAGAUCAUCACCCAUGCCAGUCCUCGCCAGCACGGACACCUCAAAGAGAGGAAGUUCUUUCGGUGUUGGAGUCAGGAGGGGCUCCGUGGUCGCGCUCAUGGCCGAGGCGGCGAGCAGGUCCUCGAGGCAGCUGGAGACGGCCCCCGCCCUCGGCGUCACGGGCUUCAAAGCCGGCGCGGUGCCCCUGGCGAUCGACGCCGCGCUUCAGUCCGGCGCGGCACCAUCC